AUGCCGAGCCGCCCCACGCGCUGCCCGACGCUCACCAUCAUGAGCACCGCGGCCGCGGGCGACGCCAGCACGGACGCGCCGUGCAUCACGCUUCCGAGUCCGUCGUCCGUGGCGUUGCUGCAGACGACGUACAUAUCGGUGCUGGGCAAGACAGCGGACAACGAGGCCACGCUGUGUACAAAGUGCCACCAAGACAUGCGUCUUGACGUCGGGCGCAAGCGGUGGCGCUGUGGCGGCACCAAGUGUCGCACCGAGCGCAGUCUGAUCAAAGGCACGUUCUUCAGCAAGUGCAAGCUGCCACUGCGCAAGGCUAUCACCCUUAACCGCAAAGAUGAACUGCAGCAGCAGCGGUUCAAGAUCAAUUGGUGGUAG